AUGGCAUCGGCUCUCUUUUUCUUGGACCUGAAGGGCAAGACCCUUCUGGCCCGCAACUAUCGCGGGGAUAUCCCCAUGUCCGCAGUCGAGCAAUUUCCUACCCUCCUGAGCGAAGCCGAAGAAGAAAGCUCCGCAGUGCCUCCCUGUUUCUCCCACGAGGGAAUCAACUACCUUUAUAUCCGCCACAGCAACCUUUAUAUCCUCGCCUUGACCAAGAGAAACACAAAUGCCACCGAGAUCCUGCUCUUCCUCCACAAGAUCGUGGAGGUGUUCACCGAAUACUUCAAGGUGCUGGAGGAGGAAAGUAUUCGGGAUAACUUUGUCAUCAUUUACGAAUUGCUGGACGAGAUGAUGGACUUUGGAUACCCGCAGACAACAGAAAGCAAGAUCCUGCAAGAGUACAUUACCCAAGAAUCACACAAGCUGGACGUUCAAGCACGACCACCGAUUGCCGUCACAAACGCCGUCUCGUGGCGUAGUGAAGGGAUACGCUACCGCAAGAAUGAGGUCUUCCUGGACGUGGUCGAGUCUUUGAACCUCCUCGUAUCAGCAAACGGAAACGUCCUGCGGUCCGAGAUUCUGGGUGCGGUCAAGAUGAAGUGCUAUCUGAGUGGUAUGCCCGAGCUGCGACUGGGCCUGAACGACAAGGUCAUGUUCGAGACGACGGGUCGCGCCACCCGAGGCAAGGCCGUCGAGAUGGAGGAUGUCAAGUUCCACCAGUGUGUCCGACUGUCGCGCUUCGAAAACGACCGAACAAUUAGCUUCAUCCCGCCGGACGGAGAGUUCGAGCUCAUGAGCUAUCGGUUGAACACGCAGGUCAAGCCGUUGAUCUGGGUGGAGUGUCUGGUAGAAUCGCACUCGGGGUCGCGAAUCGAAUAUAUGCUCAAGGCCAAAGCCCAAUUCAAACGCCGCAGCACCGCCAACAACGUCGAGAUCCUUGUCCCCGUCCCCGAGGACGCGGACUCGCCCCGCUUCCGCACCAACAUCGGCACUGUUCACUACGCACCCGAGAAAUCGGCCAUCAUCUGGAAGAUCAAGCAGUUUGGCGGCGGCAAGGAAUUCCUCAUGCGGGCGGAGCUGGGUCUGCCGUCCGUCAAGGGGGACGACGAGCACGGUGGCGGUAUGACUGGCGGGUUCGGAGGCAGCAUGGGCGGCACUGGGCAUGUGGGCAAGGCGAAGCGGCCCAUCAACGUCAAGUUUGAGAUCCCCUACUUUACCACCAGUGGUAUUCAAGUGCGUUACUUGAAGAUCAUUGAACCGAAGCUGCAAUAUCCCUCUCUUCCCUGGGUGCGAUACAUCACACAAUCGGGAGACAUUGCCGUCCGCAUGCCGGACGUCCAAUAA